GCAGGCCAACCGUACGCGUGACGUCAUACCGCAAGCCAAAGUUUGGUACCACGCUUGGUUUGGUGUUGUGUUGGUAUCCAGCUGCUAUACACAGGAAUAUAAAUGUGAUGGACUGAGCAGAGAUGAUGGCAGCAAACAGACUGAGUUUUAAAAACAUUACGGCCCUGGCCCCGAUGGUCCGGGUGGGGACUCUGCCCAUGAGGCUUCUGGCUCUUGACUAUGGAGCUGAUGUGGUUUAUUGUGAGGAGCUGAUUGAUAUCAAAAUGGCCCAGUGUCAGAGAGUGGAGAACGAGGUGUUGGAGACAAUAGACUUUGUAGCUCCAGAUGAUCGCGUGAUUUUCAGAACCUGUGAGAAGGAGAAGGGCAGAGUGGUCUUCCAGAUGGGAACUGCUGACCCUAACAGAGCGCUGAUGGUGGCCCGUCUUGUGGAGAAGGAUGUGGCAGCCGUCGAUGUAAACAUGGGCUGUCCAAAGGAAUACUCCACUAAGGGAGGGAUGGGAGCUGCUCUUCUAUCAGAUCCAGACAAGAUUGAAGCUAUCCUUAAGAAGCUUGUGACAGGUGUUUCUAUUCCAGUUACAUGUAAAAUACGAAUUCUGCCUUCGCUGAAGGAAACAGUCAGUCUGGUCCAGAUGAUCGAGAAGACUGGUGUUGCUGCUAUCGCUGUUCAUGGCAGUGGAGGUUCUUUGGAUCUGGUCAAAACCAACAGUGACAUCGAAAACUUCAGAAGGGCAGCAGGAGCCUCAUCGGUCAUGUUGGCUCGAGCCGCCAUGUGGAACGCAUCAGUGUUCAGCAGCAACGGACCAGUUCUUUUGGAGCAGGUCAUGGAGGAAUACUUAAAAUAUGCUAUUCGAUAUGAUAACCACGCCUUCAACACCAAAUACUGCCUGUGUCAGAUGCUGAGAGAUAAGGUGGAAUCUCCUCUAGGAAAGCAGGUGCAGGCGGCUCAGACCAACGCUGAUAUCAGUGAGGCGUACGGCCUGCAGGAGUUUUACCAGCAGACUCGGGACCGGCUGCAAGCCCGGAGGGACACCAUGCAGAAGAGCAGUCAGCCCAACAGACCCGUUCUGGAUGGAGAUGUCAUCACCAUGGCUGUCAGGUUUCAAAGGAGGGAAUAUCCACCUCAGAUAACACCAAAAAUGUUCCUGCUGGAGUGGAGCCGCAAAGAAAAGCUGGAGCAGCCGCAUUAUGAAACAGUGGAGCGUUCUCAGGACCGAGCUUUUCAGUCCACAGUGACCGUAGCAAAGAAGAAAUACAGAUCGUCUCUUUGGGAAAAGUCCAAAAAAUUUGCAGAACAAGCGUCUGCCAUCGUCUGCCUACGAGUUUUAGGAAUCCCAGAGGGUCGCAUCGGUGAGGAGGAUUCUGGUCUGGUUUGCAAGAGGAAGAGGGAGGAAAGGCCAGAGGGGCAGAGCAAGAAGCUGCAUGUGCAGGAAGUGGAAACCUCAGAACCCGCCGAGGGGACGAACAGUGAACGCCAACACGGUACCACACCUCGAGCUCGGAUGAAGGAGUUUGAGACGGAGGAUUAAUCAACCACACUUCCAGUUGAUGUUGACGGUUUUGGGACUGAAUGUUAUCUUCUUGAGCAUCUUCCAAAGUGAACUCUAAAUUCAGACUGAAAGAACAGCUGCUGAUGUCUGGAGCUGAUUGAUCCGAUUCUUUCAGCUCAGACAGAUGAUCCUAACGUUGCUUCUGUUUUUGGUUUAAUCAGGACGUAGUUUGUAUUUGAAGCAGGUCAGGUCUGGGUCUUACCGAGUCUCACCUGGUCCUCAGUUUGGUUUCCUAAAACAGUUAAGAUUUGGACUCUCAAACUCAGUUUCAUUCUUCCUUAUGUUUCUGUAAGUUUUUUUAAAGGUUAUUUUGAUAAAGGUAUUUUGACUUGUAUACAUGAUUCUGUGCAAAAUUCCUGAUCCAGUCCUCAUUUCUUCCUGGGUUUUCUUUCAAGCAGUCAGACUUUCUGUAAUCUUGGUGGUUGGGAUCAGCAGUUCUGACUUUCUGAAGGUCUAUUGCAGCUUUUUCUCAGAUAUUCAGUUCUCAGACCUGAAUAUUUGGAGCUUAUUUGUUUUUUCAGCCUCUUACAGGGUUUCUGUUUCUUCUGGGUCACAGAAAGUUUUAAGCUGAAUCAUUUUUAUUUUAGGCCUUGCAAACAUAAAUACAUCAAGAUUUUUUACUUUAGGUCUUAAAUGUGUACCUUUGUUUAUUUUUCAGUUUAUUUAUUGUUUAAUGCGCUCACUGUUCCUUCUCGAGGUCUGUAGUUCUGUGAGGAAUUAAAAUGUUUUUACCCUAAAACUGAACCAAAGCUUCCAUCAUGCAGCAGUCCUGUCGGAGGGAGUAUGACAAACAUUCUGCCUUCCUCAAAAAAUCUGUUUUUUAUUUAUUAAAUUUUUUUAUGAUUUGGGUUGAAUCUGAAUGAAUCAAUUCUGUUACUUUAAAAUACAUUUUACAAUGACUCAUUUUUUAUGAUUCUUGUAGAUCUUAAAUUUGAAUCAGUAGUAUUUAAAAAGUUCUGAAUUUACUGACUGAAACUUACAGAAACACUGCACUUAACUCUGACUUAUCAGUAUAGAAUAAAUCUUAAAUGUUUUUGCUUGGAGAAAACCCUUUUCUUGACUAUCUUGGUUAUUUUUUAGUGUUUUUCAUAUAUUCACAAACAGAAAAGUGAACAGAUUGUGUUUCUGUGACAGGCUGCUGGAAAUGACAAGUCCAAUGGUUUAUUAUAAAUUUUAAGUUCUUUGUCUCUGGUUCAUCCCACGAGUACAGAGGUAAAAACCCUGCUCUGAAAAUGGAGAAAAAGAAAAGCUGAAGGUCCAUCAAACUUGAUCUGGUGUUUGUGAAAUCUUACAGGUAAAUCUGUCUGCUUGGAAGAAAGAAAUUAGGUCAGAGAUGAAUGAAUCCAAGCUUGCACAGUUGUGUAAAUCACCUCUGUUGAAGAUUUUUGCACAGUUCUGUCCGUUAUUUGAGCUGUUGAUGACCUGCCUGAUGAUUGUUUCAAAAUGAAACCAUUAAAACCUGAACAACCUCUGA